ACUGCCUACGGAAUGGUGGUCCACUACUUUUUUAUUGAUAUUUUUAUCUAGCUUAAUUCAGUUUAUUCUAUUACUUUUUUCGAGAUGCUAAAGUAAGUGUAAAAAAAACAAAAUUUCAAUUAGAAAACAUUUUAAAUUUCCAGAUUAUCUCUGUUAAGGCCGACAGGUUUGUUUAACCGCUUUCAAAACAAUAAGAUAAGAUAAUUUUUGUUCAGCAAUAUAUGGCGGAAAAAGCCAGUAGAAGAAACCUCGAUAUCGCCGUGUGCCAAAUGUGCCAUAAUUGCCGUGCCGCAGAAUCUGUCGUUUAUCUCCGGGACUUGGCCCGCAUUUGCCGAAUAACCUUCUCCGGAUUUCAGAGAUAAAGAACAGAAGAGGUAAAGUUACUAACCUCAGCAACAAGAAACUUUUACCCUAGGACGGAAUACAGUGAAUUUCUCUCCGAAAAACUGCGUUAAUUUUCCAGUUUUACAAUUUUUCAGACUUACCAGCUGAAAACCUGUGCUUAAAAGUUUCUAUCAUGCGGGCACACAAUCUGUUAUUUAUUUUGUUGUUUUUGAAUAAAUAUUUU